AUGAAUCUCAGCGCACGUCUGCCUGUCAGUCCAGGGAUCUACUCCGAUCAGACGGACAUCAUCCUGAGCCAUCAGCACCCGUCUGCAAAGCUGACCGUCUACGGGCCGCCAGCCGCGCUCCAGCAACUCCACGUGAAGAGCAGUUCUCCUGCGGUUGUGAUGGAGCAGAAGGAGGUUUCUCCCAGCUACAUCAGAUACACGGUUCGAGCAGUGGAGCCGCAGGGACCGCUGACUGCGUCUGUGAGCAGCGUGUCCAGUGCUCAGGUGCUGCACAUCCCUGUGUCUGUCAUGCAUCUAGCACACAGCAGCUCUUCUGUGCAAACACAUAUAGUAGAUGGAGCGGACAGGCCCAGUAUUCUUCAGCAGUUCAUCGACUCCUAUCAAGUGAUGUUCUUCCCUUUAUUCUCUCUUCUGGCUGCCACUGCUGUUGUCAUCAUUGUGUGCCAUGCACUGUUUUCCCAGAGAGAACAUGUCAAUCAUCCAGCGUUCAUCCAGAAGACUCCGCCUCCUGCAGGUGUAGCGAAGCUGACUGAAAGCCCCUUCAACAGCAGCAUGUCUUCAGACACCAAUGCAAGCCCAAGAUUGCUACGACUCCAGAUAAACCGUCUCCACCAGAGACUGAAGAAAGUGCCUGACCACUGA